AUGGACAGUGUAGCGAGUUAUGUGGCGUUGGACAUAGCGCGAUGCCGAUUAAACUUGAAGCUGUAUCCCUGAAUCAAUUUCUUACCUGAAUUGACGAACAAUAGUUUAUUCAUAUAUUUAUUAAGAUUAUUUAAUAUAACUAUUAAUAAUAAUAAUAAAGAAAAUAAAAAGGUAAAUAAAUACGGUUAUAAUUAUAAUAACAAUUAUAAUAAUGUAUUAAACUCUAGAAAUCUAUUUAAUAAUUUUAGUCAAAUUAGAUCAUAUUCAACUAUAUCGACUGAAAAAAAACUUCAUAAUACACCUAAAAAAGUAUAUGUAUAUUUAGUUGAUAUAGAUAAUCAAAGUAUGGAAUUAUUAUCAAUAUUUGAUAGUAUUCUUAAAACUGCUCAAAGUUUAAAUACAAGUAGAAUGACAAUACAUAGAUAUGCUAGUGGUAAUAAAAUGUUAAAAUUAGAUAAUAAAAAUUUCAUAGUAAGUUUUGAACCAAUAGAUAUUAAUACAUUUGAUAUAAAAGAAUUUAUAAUAGCUAAUGAAAAAAUAAAGUUAGAGAAAAAACCUAGAACUUUAGAAGAUAAAAUAGAGGCUGCGCCUUUAAAAUAUAAAAUACUAGUAUAUAAAUAUGAUAAUGAUGAAUUACUUGUAACAUAUCCUAGUCAAGCUCAAGCAGCUAGAAGUUUAGGUUUAGCUAGAAGUUCAUUACAAAGAUGUAUUGAAAAAGAUAAACCUAGAAAAAUUCAAUAUAAUGGUCAAGAAAUGACUGUAAUAUUUAAACAAAUUAAAUAA